GGUAGCUACGACCGAGUCUCAGUCGAUACCGAAGUACUGUAGUACCGAAGUUGAAGUAAAGGGUGAGAAUUAAUCCCCUACUCCCUAAUCCAACUUAGACUUGCAUGCACGCUAGCCAGCUUUUCAGAAUUGAAAACCCGUGCGUUCGUGAGACUCAGCGGUGAAAGCUCUAACGCUGCAACACCCACUCCCAUUCUCAAUCCCAAAUCCCUUCCUCUUCCGCUUCACUUCAAGGGUAUUGUGUGGUCUGUGGAGAAUGGGAAGCAACAGUGCUGAGAAGGUCUCUAGCAAUAGCAGCAUUGGAAGUUCAGAAACAACUAUUGAGAUAAAGAUCAAAACACUGGAUUCACAAACUUAUUCCCUCAAAGUUGAUAAACAGAUGCCAGUCCCUGCUCUGAAAGAACAAAUUGCUUCUGUAACUGGAGUGAUAUCAGAACAACAGCGCUUAAUUUGCCAAGGGAAAGUUCUCAAGGAUGAUCAACUACUGUCUGCCUACCAUGUUGAAGAUGGUCACACAUUGCAUCUGGUUGUGAGGCAACCUGAUCUGCCACCUCCAGGAAGUCUACCCAAUCACGCAGCGACUGAGCCAAAUUCAAGCACAAGCCAUAAUCACAGUACCCAAGUCGCUCCAGGUGUCUUCAUUGAAACUUUCAAUGUUCCUGUUCACGGGGAUGGAGUUCCGCCUGAAAUAAAUAGGAUUGUUUCCGCUGUUCUUGGCUCUAUCGCCGGACUUCCAAAUUUCGCAAGUGGUGGUGAAGGGAUUAUUGUCAGGGAGCAUGAUUCCCAAGGCUUUGGAAGAACUUCAGAUUCUAGUGGAGUAUCAGACCCGAACCGUCCCCUACCUGAUCAAACUGGUUUACGUAGUUUGUCGGAUAGAUUACGGAAUACUUUUGGAUUUCCGGCAUCAGUUUCUCUAGGGUCUUUGCAGCCUCCUGUCAUUCCUGAUUCUUUGACAACUUUGUCCCAGUAUCUAAGUCAUAUGAGCCAUGAAUUUGAUAUAAUUGUCAGAGAAGGGGAGAAUAAUGCCCAAGCAGCUGAGGCUCAUAGUAAUGGUGAAAUAGGAUCUGCUUCUUCACGUCUGGGUUCAACACCGGAAAGUCUUUCAUCACCCGCAUCCUUGGCAGAAGUCUUGCGUUCUACCAGACGAAUGAUCACUGAACAAGCUGGGGAGUGCAUACUUCAACUGGCAAGACAACUGGAGAAUCAAGCAGAUGUAACUGAUGCACAAUUGCGAUCAACCGCCCAAUCUAGGGCUUUGGCGACUGGAGUAUUGUUUUACAACCUUGGUGCAUUUUUACUUGAGCUUGGUCGAACAACCAUGACAUUGCGUAUGGGUCAAACACCGUCUGAAGCUGUUGUUAAUGGGGGACCCGCAGUUUUUAUAUCACCUACUGGUCCUAAUCAUAUCAUGGUUCAGCCUCUUCCUUUUCAACCUGGAGCAAGCUUUGGUGCUGUCCCUGUAGGAGCUGCACAGUCUGACUCAAGUUUAGGUAGUGGACUUGGCUCAAAUUUUUUCCCAAGGCGUAUCGAUAUACAGAUAAGACGAGGCACUUCAACAACCACACCAAAUGCCAAUCAAGAAGAGCGUGAGGAUACACAAUCUGCUUCAGUUCAAAGAAAUCCAGCUGAAAGUUCUGCUAAUCAAGCAAGCGCUAGGCGUCCCGAUGCAUCUACUGCUGGAGAGGCAGGAAUAAGGAUAGUGCCAAUUAGAACCAUGGUUGCAACAGUACCUGGUCCCUUGGGCCGUCCUUCAGAACCAUCUGCUGCUAAUUCUACAGGGCUUUACCAUCCAGUUAUCGGGAGAUUUCAACGUGUAACUACAGGACAUGCAAAUAGUGAACAGGGAUCUCAAUCAGCAAAUCAGCAUCGUGCUGCACAGCAUUCAACUCCUGAAUCCACAUUGUUAAGGCAAAGCGCAGAAGACUCUCCAAGGAAUGGCACCUCAUCAACUCCAAACACGAGACCAGAGCUAUUUAGUUCUCGUGUUGUAAAUAUCAAUAUUCUGUCGGCUGGUGGGUCCCAAAACAAUCAAGAGUCUGAUAGACAGAUGCCAAGCAAUGUAAUUCAGUUUUUAAGAACACUCUUUCCUGGUGGAGAAAUUCACGUUGAGGAUUCAAGCUCACAAGGAGCAAAUGCGGGUUCCGCCGCAGUGCAUGCUGCAACAACAGCGGCUGCUCCCCAAGUCCCUGAAGCUGAAUCCCCUGUUAGUGAUGGAGUAUUUUUGUCAAAUGUACUCCGUGAGAUCAUGCCGGUCAUAUCUCAACAAGUAGGAUCUGAAAGAAAUUCUUCUGAUGAUCAAAUGGCUCAAGAUUCAUCGACCCAGGUUGAAACUAACGCUGGGACAUCACGGAGACACAACGAUUCUGAAUCAAGCGCUCCAGAUCCAAAACGCCAAAAGAUGGAAUGAUGUUGGUUGUAUACAAAAUAUGCUCGGGGAAGGUUGUGGUCAUAAGAAUCAGACUUCAAGGUGGUUGGUUUUCUUGAUGUCAAGUUGGUAUUUUGCGCAUCUUUAGAUAUAUAUGGCAAACAUGAUUUUACUUUCUCCAGCUGUAGCAGUUUAUAAGAACGGUGAUAUUGCUGUACAAUAUUGGAAUUGGAAUUGGAAUUGGAAUGAAUCUUUUGUUAUGCGACUUUUGUUUA